AUGACUGGAGUUAAUGAUGAUGAUGAUAAGGAGUUUAAAGACGAAACUGUGAUUCUCAGCGACGACGAUAGUGACGAUGAGCCAGUUAAAGACGGAGGAGAAGAAGGUUCCGACGACGACGAAGAAGACGCCGACGGAAGUGAAGGAGAUGAUGAUGAGGAGGAGGAAGAUGACGACGACGACGAUGUCCAGGUUUUGCAGUCCUUGGGUGGGCCUCCGGUACAGUCUGCAGAAGACGAAGAUGAAGAAGGCGAUGAGGAUGGUAACGGAGACGACGAUGACGAUGACGACGACGACGACGAUGAUGACGAGGACGAUGACGGUGAAGAUGAGGAGGAUCUUGGAACAGAGUACCUAGUGAGGCCAGUAGCUAGAGCUGAAGAUGAAGAGGACGCGAGUGAUUUUGAGCCGGAGGAGAACGGUGUGGAAGAAGACAUUGAUGAAGAAGAUGACGAUGAGAACGAUGGUGCUGGAAAAUCAGAGGCUCCUCCGAAACGGAAGAGAUCGGCAGCUGAGGAAGAUGAGGAGGAGGAUAGUGGUGAUGAAGAUGAUGAGAGACCUCCUAAGAGGUAG